CAUUAAUUGUGAAAUUCGAACAUGCUGAGUGUAGCAUCUUGACAACUUUUAACCAGUUUUUAUGUGAAUAAGUUUAGUGGACAGUGUAUUUGAAUCAUAUCAAAUUUUGAAGCAGGUUGCAUGGAUCCAAGAAUUGCUUGGUAUCCGCCUGAACAAUUGGGAUUGGCGCAUGAUAUUUGGACCAGUAUCUGGGAGGCAGAAAUAGGCGUGGACAACAUGUCCCUAAACAAUUCAAACCCUAAUUUGGACCAGAGACCUCAGGAUUACAUUCCACUUGACAAUUCGGGCAAUAUUGAUCAUAAAACUGCAGCAAACAAUCGUGAAAACAUUUUAAAAAAUAUACAAAACCAGCACAAGAGAAAAAGAGACAACAAGGCGAGUACGUACUGGCUAAACCAUUCCUGCUACAAACAUCAUUUGAGAGACGGAGGGCUAACACCAUGGAAACCAAGGGAAACGAGAUAUAGUUUCCCAGGACAUAUAGGGCUCCAUGAGGAGAUUAAAGACUUCUUUAACUACAUGUCUCCAACACCGGAGGAGGACAACAUGCGGUCCGAUGUCGUCAAGCGCAUUACCGAUGUGAUCAAUGAGCUCUGGGAUUCUGCCAAGGUAGAAAUCUUCGGUAGUUUUCGGACAGGCCUAUAUCUGCCAACAAGUGAUAUUGACCUGGUGGUGUUUGGUGAUUGGAAAAAGCUUCCCCUGUUCAUCCUGGAGAAGGCCCUGCUAGAGAAGGGCAUCACAGACAAGGAGAACAUCAAGGUCCUCGACAAGGCCUCCGUGCCGAUUGUGAAGCUGACCGAUAUAAAGACUGACGUGAAGGUUGACAUCAGCUUUAACGUCCAUAACAGUGUGAAGAGUGCACAAUUAAUCAAGAAGUUCAUGAAGGAAUAUCCGAUCCUGCGUUACCUUGUGCUGGUUCUAAAGCAGUUCCUUCUACAGCGAGAUCUAAAUGAAGUGUUCACUGGUGGAAUCUCCUCGUAUAGUCUCAUUCUUCUCACCGUCAGCUUCCUGCAGUUACACCCACGUGAAGACGCUACAGAUCCAAACGUGAAUCUCGGCAUCAUGUUGAUAGAGUUCUUUGAGCUUUAUGGGAGACAUUUCAAUUACCUCAACACUGGAAUCCGUAUCAAGAACGGUGGUGCUUAUGUACCAAAAGAGCAAAUAACAAGGGAGAUGGACAACGGUCAUCGGCCUUCCAUCCUGUGUAUAGAGGAUCCUCUCACCCCAGGAAAUGAUAUUGGUAGAAGUUCCUACGGUGCCAUGCAGGUGAAGCAAGCAUUUGAGUAUGCCUACCUGGUACUGAAAUAUGCCCUUGCACCACAGAAUGCCCACCUCCUCAAAGGAAACCAAAGCAUCCUGGCUCGUAUAGUGCGUGUAACAGACGAGGUGGUUGAAUACCGACGGUGGAUACGUGAAGCAUUCCCACUCUGUGACAGUCCGCUCGCCUCCAUCCCCAGUGAGCGCACGUACGCAAGUGUGGCAACGUCUACCAGCAGCCCGCGGGGAAAACAACCUGAUGAGGAGAAUAACAACGACCCAGAGUUGUUGGUAUCUGAUAAGCUGAUAGCUGUAGAGGAGCACUCGGACUCGAGUGAGAACAGUUCUAUGGAUCCCUCCUCCUCAUCCAGUGCUUCUACAAGCUCGAGCACCAGCCUCGCCAGCGAGUCGGAUUCAGAAACUGAGGCAAUAUCGAGCGAGAAGAAAUCUCGGACACCAAGUGGUGGUGGUAAACCAUGCCGCACCAUAGUUAACAAGGAGUUUCACAACAGCAGAGAGCAACUGAAGCAGCAGAACCACCUGGGCAGUCCCAAGAGUCGGGACGGAAGCUCUAGUAGUGUCUCAUCAAACCGAUCCUCAAACGCUGCACCCAUGUACCCCCCACAAACUGUCACUAGUAACUAUAGCAACAACUUUCCCUACUACGAGCAUAAUCAGAGGAGAAAUAAUGACUCCGGCCAUGGUCACGGUGGUCAAGGACACAGUGGUGGUAGUAGUGGUCACUACAAUGGUCAAUACAAUCCGGACAUGUCCAGAUCUCAAAGGGGUGGGCAGGGUAAACACUACAGUGGUGUGAACAGAUCCCAUGGUCAUGGUGGCCAUGGACCGUGGGGACAGUGUAAAGGGGGCGUGAAAUCAAAACCUAAGACGCGCAAAAAUAGUUCAAGCAGCAAUAAAUCCCCUAAGGAUGGCCACAAACAUUCGUCUGGUCAUCAAUCAUCUGGUUCUAGUUCAAAAACAGCCACGCAGGGUUCCAGUUCAAAUACAGCCACCCAAGGUUCUAGUUCUAACACAGCCACGAAUGUCUCUAGGUAACAAAUAAAUUGCAUCCUACUGCGGUAGGGACUGUAGUGAGUUUUAUCUGUAAAUAGUAACUGUUAUAUCAUUGCAAGCAGAAAGCAAGAAAAGAGAGAACAAAGGAGAUAUCCACUUCAUCAAGUAAAAAGAGUAUAGAUAUGUGGAAACAAUGUUAAAAUCAGGGUUUUUUGCGUAUUAAAUGAGAAAUUUAACAGCAUGAAAAACAGCGUGAAAAAACAAUGUUUGAGAAACAAAAAAAUAGUAUUUUAUUAUCAAAUUGUCACAAAUCAUUUCUAAUUUGUUCAUUUGUUUAUGGUCAUGUAAGAGUGAUAUUUAAAUCUCGGUGUGUAGUUUACACACAUGCAUUUCGUUGGAUUGAAGGAAUUCUCAUUAUAUAUUUUAUUUGCUCAUUUUAGAUAGGGUUGUCACAUUUACAUAUUUUAAAUUUGCCAUGAUUGUAAAAAAAAAUACAUUUUAAACAAAAAAUAAAAAUUCAAUAUUCUUUCUUUUUGAAAUCUCAUCUUGUCAAAUUAUAAAUAAUUGCAUGAUUUUGUAAAAAUGCCAUGUGCUUUUGUUAAAAAGUGCUGCUAUUUUACCACGGAGAAAAAAAUAAUUACAAAAUAUCUUGUCUAUGAUGAUGAUGUGAGGUGUUAGCUAUACCAUUAUGUUCAUCCUGUUUCUAGUCGUAUUUUUUCUGUAUUAACUUAUCAUACUGAGACACUAGACCCUGUCUCAUGGAUAUUUAAAGUCAUUGUAAUUAUCAUUUCAUACAACAAUUAACACAAACCUGCUUUACAUUCAACCGUUCAACUGACUAAUAAAGGGAUUUUGUUCCAUAAAUAAUCAAUAACAUGUGGUUGUUUAAUCCAAUGGAUUAUUUCACCACCUCUGACAAAUAACCUGACAAGAGACAAGCUCCCAUUUAUGUCAUGUUGAUUAAGAACUCUGCAUGAUUUGGAUAUGACGCAAUUAGUGUUCAAUGUUUUACUAUUGUUUGAAAUGUUUUCUUAGAUACAGGUAUAGAAUCUACAGCAAAUGUGUAAAAAGUGUACAUGCAGCUUUAAAUCACCAGAUAUAUAAUGUACAUGAAUAGCUGUAUUUGAAGGGAAUGAUUAUUUAUACGAAACUGUGAAACUCAUAACUUAUGUAAUGUUUAUGUUGCCUGAUACCUUGUAAAUAUAAAUCCUGUAAUUUAUUGUCCGUAAUUAAUUUUUUAAUUCACUAUAUGUUGAAGGUGUAAACUGGUACCAAAAAUUAAUUAUUAAAAUCUUUUGAAUCACUUCUAUUUAACACAUUAAAAUGAUUCUAUGCAAUGCUCUUUGCUAAGAUUAGUGUCCUGUAAACCUGAUUAUUUCAAAUUGUUUUUAGUUCCACUGUUUUUGAACGGAAAAAAUAAGUUAUUGUCAUAGCCUUUGCCUCCCCAUUGUCAUAGUCAUUAAAACAACUACCUCGGCCAUAACUCAAAAAACAUUAAAGACGUGCAUCAACUUGAAAGCUCUCACAGAUUGAACGUUGGACAACUUUUAUAUUUUUUGUCUUGGAACGAGCCAAUUUUGCAAAAAUCCAUGGAAACCAGUUUAUAAAACUGCUGACAAAAAAUAAUAUGGCAAAUUUUAUGCAUUUUCUUAAACCGUUUAAGCCAUAAAACAUUGAUUUUCAAAUGGAAAUAUGAAAAAACUAUGAUUUGAUUUUUUGUAAGCUACCUAUAUCAAUGGUUAUCAGAUAUUUACGCAAAAAUUUGCUCUUUCCAAGACAAAAAAUAAAAAAGUUGUAAAAAUGAUAUAUCUGUGAGAGAGCAGUUUUGACAACACAAGUUACACAUGUCUAGCAAGACUCAUCACUCAGGGUGGAAUGAUUUGUGAGUUAUGCCUCGUGGCUUACAGAAAGAUGGACGAGCAACCGUCUGCUUUGUGCACUCGUUGUUGCUGUUUAUCAUGCAAAGCACAGUAAGGUGAUUUUGAUUUUAUUUUAUUGUUGAAUGCUCAACUAUGUUUUAAUUUGCUGUGAAUGUGUUUGAUUAUGGUUGAAGUAGUAUGUGUUAUCUGUUUUUUGUGAAGUAGACUAAUUUUAUGGAUAAAAAUUAUGUAUAGCAUGUUAGAGUUUUAGCUAAAGAGUUUAGGAAGGGUGCUGCACACGGCCUCUUUUUGGUAGCAAACCUCAUGGAGACAAGCAGGUGCACCAUUUAGUAUUCCUAGAACUGAACGCUUAAGAUAUUCUUAUAUUGAUUUUGUUUUAUUUAAAAACUUAUAAAUAUAAUAUAUGAAUUCAUUUUGAAGUUAUAACCUUAAAAACUCUAAAUAAACACAAUUUCUAGUUUCUAUCAUUUUCUGUCAAAUUAAAAAUAUUUCAGUUCCUCACGUCUAAUAUGAUGUGCUCUUUUCACCCAUAGCACCAUGCCCAUUUUGCAGCACCCUACCAGCACCUUUAAAUACUGGCUAAAACCCUUCAAGUAAUUGAGAAACAUUACCUUAUGUAUGUGUAUUUAAGAGCAAAACUGUUUUUGUCCAUCAUUUAACGAUUUUGUGAUAUUUUUGAACUUUUCAUUUUUUAAAUCAAUCAUUGUUUAAUAUGUUUAAAUUAUUUUGUAUGAAAGAAAUGUAAGCUAUUUCUUUUCAGUAUAUAUGAAAGAUGUUGCCUUGUAAGUGUGAGAUAUUUCUUCUGUGAUUGAAUUCUUUUCCCCAAAAAUGCACUUUACUUUUUUCUCAGCAAAUAACUUGAUAAGUGUAUAUGUAUAUAGAACAUUAUGUAGCAAUGCGUAUUCCGUUGUCAGACGCCAUUGCCGGCAUAGUUUUUAUUUAUAUAGAUGAAUUAAACAUUUACCAUACAGAGUUAAGCCACAUAAAAGACUUUUGCCUUUGUAUUAGUUUUUGUUAAAAGUAAGAUGAUUUUCAAAGUCAGGGUUCUCAAUAAGGUUGAAUUGAACCAUCUCAUAUAGUAAACAAACAGCUACAACUAAUUUCCACUUAAACAAUCACUCUUUUGCCUAGUUGAACCAGCCUAUUGCAAUUUGAAGCGCCAUUUCGUCUAUUUUACUGAGGUUCUUAUUGAGAACAAGGCAGUGUUUCAAAAGUUGCACAACUUUGUAUCUUAUUAAGUUUAACAUUAGUGUCAUACACAAAUGCUGACUCUGAGUCACCUCCGUAAGCAGGUAUCACAGGUAUCACGAUAGCCAAAGACUUUUUAUUGUUUUAGGACAAGGUGCCAUACCUUCCAUUAUCUCAUGCUAGUAAUGUGCUUUUAUCUUUGUUUUAUUGCUUUGUUGUAAUUGUUACAUGUAGCUAUAUUGCGCAAUAAUAAAGCAUCUUUUAGAUUCCCUAGUGCUAGACAUGGCCUAAAAGGACUGUGAUGUUGUGUAAAUGGCAGGAAAUCUUACUUUAACUAGCCUUAUUCAUUUCUCCUUUGGGUUCGUCCUGUGAAAGUAGUUCUAAAUUGUUGCAGUACCAUGAAAGAUUUUACAGCAUACACUUAUGUGUGAGUUUUUUUGGAGAGAUUAUAUACAUGUAUGUCUAUAUAUUGUAAUAGUUGAAUGAAAAAAUGAACACAUUGUAUUGGACUGUCAAACUUUAUGCAGGGACAUAUGAACACAGGCAGUGGGGCAAUAGUGAAAUCAUCUUUGGCCACACAGCAUAUAUAUUCAUAACUGUGUUCACUGGCAAAAUGGGGGAAUAUUUUUUUUUUACAAUAUAAAAACAACUGCUCUUUGGAAUCAACACCAAUCAACACUUUUUAUGGGUUUAUAAAUGCGUUACUUGUUAUUCAUAUGUUCCUGGUUAGAAUCAUGAUACAAAGUCUUUCAAAUGUAUUAGCGCAUUUCACUGUAUCAGUAGGUCUUAAUCCAGUGAAUAUUGCAAGUUAGUAUUAUACAUAGUUAUUUGUCAUAUUCUGUGCAAUACUGUUUGUCAUGAAAUGAUGUCCUCUAUCGACAUAUGUUUCGUAGAUGAUGUUGUGUUGAUUAUAUUUUGUGUUUAUGUUUCCAUGGAAUUAGCAAUAGCUGAAGGCAUGCAAGGAAAAAAUAAUGGCAUUUACACACAAAAUCAGUCUUUCAUGAGUGGGAUGAUAAGAGCACAUGGUUGUUUAAUACAGUAUUAGGGUAAUCCAUCCAUCAGUAAUACAAAAUAUUGCUACUGGUAAAGUUUUGUUAAAAUGUCAAGUUUGAAUAUUUUUUCGACAUUAUUUUAUUUAUGAAACUUAAUCAUAUUAAUUUAAUUGCUAUACAAUAAAAAUAAAAAUUACCCGCCUUUUAUGUAUCCUAUCAUAAUAGUACUGUUAUUAUGGCGUUAUUCAAAAAUGUAAACAUAAUAUGACAGUUAAUCAAUAUAAAUUAAACAUACCAAUAAUCUCAUGUUAAUAUCUAAAGUGCUCUAACACAUCUUUGCAUCCUUACGAUGGAUGGCUUACCUUAAAACAAAUUCUUUACAGUUUAAAAAAUCCUACAUUGUGUAAUUUUAUUGCUAGUAGCAUACCAACAUGAUGUAUUUUUUGCAUUUAUUGUAAUACUGUUAAAGUUUUCACUUCUAAAAUAUGUUACAUGUAGUGAACUUACAAGAUAUUGUCUUAUUGUUUUCAGUUAUUUUUACUUUCUUUUAAAUGUAUUUCAUGAACUAAUUUCACAUAGAUGCUCUUAUCAUUUCUUGAACUAUUUUAGUCAGUCAUUAACCUGGAAUACAAAGAAGAGACUCUUAUUAUUUCUUGAAAUAUUUUAGUCAGUCAUUAACCUGGAAUACAAAGAAGAGACUCUUAUUAUUUCUUGAAAUAUUUUAGUCCAUCAUUAACCUUGAAUACGAAGAAGAGACUCUUAUCAUUUCUUGAACUAUUUGAGUCCAUCAUUGACCUAAUUGAAUAUAAAGAGACUCUGAUCAUUUCUUGAACUAUUUGAGUCAAUCAUUAACCUUGCAUAUAAAGAAGAGACUCUUAUCAUUUCUUGAACUAUUUGAGUCCAUCAUUAACCUUGAAUAUAAAGACGAGACUCUUGUCAUUUCUUGAACUAUUUUAGUCUGUCAUUAACCUUGCAUAUAAAGAAGAGACUCUUAUCAUUUCUUGAACUAUUUGAGUCCAUCAUUAACCUAAUUGAAUAUAAAGAAGAGACUCUGAUCAUUUCUUGAACUAUUUUAGUCAAUCAUUAACCUUGCAUAUAAAGAAGAGACUCUUAUCAUUUCUUGAACUAUUUGAGUCCAUCAUUAACCUUGAAUAUAAAGACGAGACUCUUAUCAUUUCUUGAACUAUUUUAGUCCAUCAUUAACCUUGCAUAUAAAGAAGAGACUCUUGUCAUCUCUUGAACUAUUUUAGUCCAUCAUUAACCUUAAAUACGAAGAAUCCUUUAAGAAGAAAAUAUACAUUUUGAAACUCUGAAUUUGAAUCAAGUAUUUUAAUAAUGUAUUGCUUAGUAGUUUACUGCUAAGUUUUAUACAUUUUACUGGAUUUAAAUUGAUAGGAAAUAAUUAUUACCCUCCUUCAAAUAUUUUACUCUGUUCUGAUUUUUCUUUUAUCUACCAAGCUCUGUUAUGGACAUUUUUACUUACAAAACUGUUAUUUCAACAUUUAACUGACAUUCAACAAUAACCAUAAAGUGGUUGUUGGUAGUCAUUUAAUUAAGUAACCCCAUUAGGUUUAAGAUUAAACUUAAAAAAAACAUCAUUUGUAUCUGAAGGAGCGGAAGUUUAAAAUCCCAUAGUGAAACAUGAAGAAAACUAAUAUUUAUAGAUAUAAACAAACAGAAAGUAAAUGUUAAAGUGACAUAUAUUUCAUUUUGAACCUUAGUUUUUCAUUAUUUCAUAUUAGAACAUGUUGUAUAUACUGCCAUCUCAUGUGCUGUCUGCACAGUGUCAUGUGAACAUUCAAUAAUUUGACAUUAAUUGUAUCUGUUGACUCAAAUGUUAAAAGAUUGUGAUGUAAGUAAAGAAUAAAAAUCAUAAAAUUUUGUAAAAUGUGACCAAAAAAAAUAAUAAAAUAAAAAACUUGA